AUGAGUAAUUUCACAGCAGUCCUUCUCUCUUUGAGUCUCAUUUGGACAAGCUGGGCACUGGACCCAUCUGCAGUUGGAUUCCAGGAAUGCCACCAAGUUCUGAAACUUCCUGCACUGGAAGUUCUCCCUGGAGGUGGCUGGGAUAACCUGAGGAAUCUGGACAUGGGUAGAGUGAUCAAGCUAAACUACUCAUUGUGCAGAACUACCGAAGACGGGGCUUACCUAAUCCCUAAUGAGGUUUUCACCAUUGCUCGUAAACAGAGUUAUUUGGAGAUCAACUCGGAGAUCAUUGAGUCUUGGGUGGAUUACCAGUGUGUCACCUCUGUUUCAAUCAAUGCAGAGCUAUCCUCUUCCUUCAUCAACGGUCGGUUCUCCAGCGACUUCCGCAGGACGAAAACCCAGCAAGUGAGAGACCAGACUGUAACCACCAGGGUUCAGGUCAGAAAUCUGAUUUACACUGCAAAAUUUGAUCCUGCAGCAAUGUUAGAUGAAGGUUUCCAGCGGCAGCUUCUUACAAUUGCUAGCCAUCUGGAGAACAACAAGACUGAAAUGGCUAAUUACUUGGCAGAGGUCUUAGUAUUGAACUAUGGCACUCACGUUGUCACUGGAGUGGAUGCUGGAGCCAGCCUUGUCCAGGAGGACCAGAUCAAAUCCAGCUUUGUGAAGGACAGCUGGUCCAUGCGGAGUUCUAUCACAGCUGCUGCUGGAGUCUCUUUCCACAAUAUUGUCAAUUUCAAAAGCAGUGCUUCAGCCGGCUUGGAAGACAAUUUCACCAAGCAGUACCUGUCCAAUCGCACCAGCUCUAGGGUGGAGAGCAUUGGAGGAUUUCCUUUUUAUCCUGGGAUUACUCUGAAAAGCUGGCAAGAGAGCAUCACCAACCAGCUGGUGGCUAUUGACCGUUCAGGCUUGCCUUUGCAGUUUUUCAUCACUCCAACCAACCUCCCAGGUUUGCCCACUCCCACAGUGAACAAAUUAUAUCAGACUGUGAAAUCUGCCAUCUCUCACUAUUAUGCUUUCAACACCUACCCUGGCUGCACAAAUGAAGCCUCACCCAACUUCAACUUCUAUGCCAACAUGGAUGAUGGAUCCUGUGACGGGACAGCAACCAACUUCACAUUUGGCGGAGCCUACCAGGAAUGUGCUCAGCUUGAGGGUCCUGAUGCUGCCGUGCUCUGUCAGGACCUGGAGCAGAGGAACCCACUCACUGGAACCUUCUCCUGCCCUGUGGGUUAUGCCCCAUUCAGGCUGAACUCUCAGCAACGUGAGGAAGGCUACAGCCACUGGGAUUGCCACAAGGAUUGCUUCAUGUGGGUUUUUUGCAAGUGGGUUUGUGAGGAUGUUUUCACACCCUCCAGAGUGCUUUUUAGCACAUACUGGUGCACAGCAAGAGGCACAGCCCCAGCAAACUCAGGAUUUCUCUUUGGGGGGCUCUUUAGUUCCAAGAGCACCAACCUCUUGACUAAUGCCCAGUCCUGUCCCCCCACCUUCUACGAACUGAAGCUCUUUGACCAACUCAAGCUCUGUGUCAGCACGGAUGAAAGGGGGCAGAGGUACUCUGUGCCCUUUGGAGGGUUCUUCAGUUGCCAGACAGGCAACCCACUGGUGGGAUUCCACAAUGGAACAGAUAGUGACCCAUAUCCAAAGAGAUGCCCAGAUGGAUUCAGUCAGCACCUGGCUCUGAUUAGCGAUGGAUGUCAAGUGGAAUACUGUGUCCGGGCUGGACUCUUCACACAAGGCUCAUUACCCCAAGCUCGACUCCCGCCCUUCACUCGCAAGCCUGCCAUCAGUUUCAUUGCCACUGAUACUGUCCUAGUAAUGAACAGCAAUGGUGGCCAGACUUGGGUCAAGGACCCCCAGACCCAGCUGUGGAAGAUAGGCAGCCCUACUGACGGGCACCACAAUGCAGCUGGAGAGAUCGCGGGGAUCUCCAUUGGUGUUGCCAUUGGCUUGGCCUUUCUCUUUGUCCUUGCUGUCUAUGGCCGCAGAAGGUACAAGAGAAGGGAGUACAGCAAGGUGGGGGGAGAGGAGGAGAGCUUGGUCUCAAACAAUGCUGGCUAUGGCCUCCGCAGCUGAAGUGGAGGACCAGCAGGAGCAGGAAAGGCUACCAGUUUAGUGGGGGAGAUACUGCAAACCAUGCUAUGUGUUAACAUGCUUUUUGAUAAGCUUCUUC